AGAUGCCAUGGGAAGUAUCUGUGGGUGAGCUGGUAGGAGAUAAAGAGGUAGAAGAGGCAGCCUGCCCUCCUAUUGCUCUCAAUCUCUUUGAUAGAAGGAUUCAAAUCCCUGUCAUUGAGGGAUAUUCUGCUUUCUAGAAGAUGUGGUAUCCAGGCAGCUUUGCUCACCCAGGCCAGGUGGAGUGGAGAGGGAGCUGGGAUGGGACCAAGUCCUGACCUGAGUGGGGCUGUCAGGGGGUGAGAGGCAAUGGGAGCCCUGCAGCCCUGUGGGGAGCCUCGGGGUCGGGGGAUCCCAUAGGCACAGAGCCGUGUAACUGGGCAAGCACUGAACACAAAGUCAAAUGAGAAACCCUUUCUGGAAAUACCCCCACUGAGGGGAAGGUGGUGGGGCCCCAGGAUGUUUCUCCCAGGGGCGGAUCUUACAGGGUAUUAAAAAGGGCUGAGAACGGGGCUGGCAACCAGAAGAGGAAAGCCCCAGUCAGCAGCACUCACUCCAAGCAAGAGGGAAGGAAGGAAAACCACACUUUGCUGCUGCUCUGCCCUGCGGCCAGCUCCGUGGGUGAUGGAAUUGGCUCCUCUCCUCUUCAUCAGCUUGCUGUGGGGCUGUAGUGGGCGGCCGACCAACAAACUGGUGGUGGUGCCAAAGGAGCCAGUGGUGCAGUACGGGGACGCAGUGCAGCUGAACUGCUCACUGGCCUGCCCAGGCGGCACAGUGCAGUGGAAAGGGCUGGACACCAACCUGGGCAGCAUCGACACCCUCCUCACCCACAGCAUCCUGAAGAUCAGCAGCGUCAAAGUGGCCACAGAGGGCAUCAAGAUCUGCCAGGGCACCUGCGGUGAGAACAGCUACCAGAACACUGCCGUCCUGAAGGUCUACUCUCUCCCAGAGGUGCUGCAGAUCAGUGUGGACCAAGCACUGAUACCGGGGCAGCCAUCCACCCUGCACUGCUCAGCUUUGCACGUGUAUCCCAUCAUAGAGCUGCAGCUCGCCUGGUACCGGGAGGACAAAUUGCUGAUGGAUGAAUUUGAAGAAACAGAGACCGAUGAGGGACUGUUUGAUGUUGUGACCACAGUGCGGGUGUCAGGGGAGGACGUGACAGAAGGGGUUGUGUUCAGGUGUGAGCUGACGUUGACAAUUGGGUCAAAGACCUUCACCCGUGUAGCAUCCAUUCCUGUGAGCAGUAGGGCUGUUACGGAGCAGCCAACAGCCAUGGCCACAUCCACAGUGAGCCCCCACACCACAAUGACCACAACGGUGAUCCACAGCAUCACUGAGCCUGCAGCCACAACAGUGCCAUCCCCAGAGCCACACGAGCCCAGCAAAGCCCUGAAUGCUGUGUCACGGAGACCUGAGACCCCCACAGAGUGGGCUGCUGCAUCCAAACCCACCCUACCCGAGCAUCAUCAGGGCCCUGCAGUGGGCACAGCAUCGCUGUAUCUGGACGGCACCUCAGCCCCCAGCAUGGGCACUGUGAGCCCUGCAGCCACACAGGGAGCAGCUGUGGGUGGCAGCAGCCCAGGCUCCCACGUAACAACACCUACCUGCAGCCUGCAGAUCUGGUCGCUGCCUCCCAACGGGAUACGAGGCAGAGCUCUGCGCAUUGAGUGCCAGGCACAGUGUACCCAAAAUGCCUCCGUCCGUUGGCUGCACACCCCUGUGGCUCUGUCCCAGUACCGGGAGGAGGCAGCAGGCAAUGGUUCCACGCUCUGGUUGGACCGGGCUGAGCCCCAUCACCAAGGCCACUAUCAGUGCAUCCUGCUGGGCCGCCAUGCACAAGCAGUCAGCAUGCAGCUGGUGGUCUCUGAUGAUACAUCCAGCUCCAUCCCUCCCAUAGCCAUGGGCACAGCGUUCUCACUCCUGGGACUGAUAGUGACUGGUAUCAUAUCUCGUCGCCUAUGGAAACGAUUUAAAUCACACUACAAUCUGUCCUAAGAGUGGAAGCUUCCUACAGCUGCUCCAUUCCUUCCUAUCAGCUCCUGCCAUCCCUCUUUCAUGCUGGAUGCUGAGCCCCUAUGAGCCAGGCAGCCCAGCUUCAGCAUAGGACCACCUGAGCCAGCAGGGUGCGGGCUGCUCCCUGCCAGACCCCAAAAGGAGCAGCUCCAGCCCAGGGGCUGCAAGCAUGGAGCUGGCUGAGCUGCUGCUGCACUCCUUUACAUCGGUGGGCACUGAGAGUUCCGUGUGCGUGGUGUGUGUGAGCAGGGCUGGCAAAGAGGAGUCUGACCCAUGGCUGAGGCUGCUGCUGCCUGGCCAGUGAAUGAGGCUGUGAGGGAUGAGCGGGGCUGGGAUGGAUGGGGCUGUGCUGGCCUGGGCCUGCAGCUCACAGUGAAUCCCAGAGCACGGCAGACACUCGGUGCAGCAGGAGGUGGGGAUGGAUGCGUGGUGCUGGGUGGGUGUGCGUAACAAC